ACUAAUAACAUAAUGCGUUACCAACUUUAUAGAAUGCAAGCACCAGGCCGCACCGCGCGUCGUGCUACACUUGCCUGAUAACGCUGAUGACACCCGCGACAGAGCAACAUCUUGAAUGAUUUACAUUUCAUUUACAUGGGAGUGUGAUGGAAAGAGAUAGCUUUCAACUUAAUAAUCCCAUCUAACCGGGUAUUUGUUUUACUGUGUACAUGCAAAUCUCUAAAAUAAUUGUAAAUAUUUUAGUGUGAUUCAUUCGUAUGUGCUCUGCAUUCCUUGUGGCAUUUGAAUUACCUCAUUUUAGUUAUUGUAAUCAAGUUAAACAUAUCUGUCACCAUUAUCAGAGGCGAGAAAUGAAGAAAAAUGUUGAUGGUUCAAUGGUUCGUCAGACGAUAGGGAUUCCAACUGGUCCUAUGGAUAUUCCACCUAACAAGCGACCUAAUUGUAAUUAUGGAAAUGGGUGUUACCGUAGGAAUCCCAUCCAUCUUCGAGAAUACUGUCAUCCUCACUUGGAAGACCUUCUACAAGGACAAAAAAGUUCCAGUAGUUUGGAACUACCUGAAAAUUACAAGCCUAAUGUAGAUAAAGAAUUGAUUUUGGAUCAGUUGAAUGUACUGAAAAGAAUUUAUGAGAAACUUGCAGAAAAACCACCAGUCAAGAAAAGUAAAUUAGAAACAGCCUCUUGUAACGUGUCAGCUAAAUCUUCAGAGCAAAGUAAUGCUUCAGAAUCUUCGUUGAAAACUAAAAUUCUGCCAAAUGUGUCAUCACUUGAAAAAGCAAAUAAGUUUUCCAAUUCAUCUAAUUCUUCAAGUCAGUUGAGUAGACCUGACAGUGCAAGAAGUGAUUCUGUAUCCGAAUCCUCUUCAGCCCGAUCUGAAACCUCAAAUGAAAGAGCAGGCACAUCAUCAUUUUCUUCUCAGUCUGAUAGUAGAAGAUUUGACAAUUUUAGGAACAUGAAACAGAAGUGUAGAGACCUAAAACGCAAAUCUAUGGCUGAAGCAGAGAAAAGUUCGAAGAGUCCUUUCAGUUCUGAUAUUCCCUCACGUAUUGCUGCAGCUGCUCCCUAUUUUUUUUUUCUAACCAAAGUACGUGCAGAACCUAGAACAUACCAUGAACCUUUCUCAAUCACAUUUCGGGAACUUUUGGAUCCUGGUUUAGGAGAUCUUCGGGCUUCACUUCAAAUUAACUUUUUAGUUGAGCUACCCUGGGUUAUGCAUCAUUAUAAACAUCAAGGAGUGGACGAUAAACCCCUUCUCAUUCUUCAUGGAGAAGAUUCAGACGAUCUAAAGAAGAACAAUCUGCCUCCCAACAUCACUGCAGUGAGAAUAAAGACACCUCAUCCUUUUGGGCACCAUCAUACUCAGUAUCAGUGGUCUUAUCCAAGAAUCAAAUCCAUUCUAUUUAAACCUCCAUUGUAUUUUUUAAUAUUUUAUAGGAAGAUGUCUCUUUUUCAUUAUGAAGAUGGCAGUGUGAGGGUUGUAGUCAGCACUGCGAACUUGGUUGCUUCUGAUUGGCAUAAUCGUACACAAGGGUUGUGGAUUAGUCCUGCCUGUCCUGAACUUCCUGAAGAGGCUGAUACAAAAGCCGGCGAUUCACCUACUGAAUUCAAGACCGAUUUACUGCGUUAUCUUUGUGCGUAUCAAAUUCCUGAACUCCAGGAGUGGGUGAGCAUAGUUCGUCAGGCUGACUUUUCUGAAAUAAGAGUAUGCUUCAUUGGCACAGUGCCUGGAACACAUCGUGGCCCGGAUAUGGAUCGUUGGGGACACAGACGACUUGCUGCGCAUCUUAAAAAGCAUGCUGUGGGGGUUGAUCCAACAUGGUCUGUAGUGGCACAGUGUUCAUCUAUUGGCAGCUUGGGCACUCAUCCAGAAGCAUGGAUGUUGGAUGAACUCAGAGCUAGUAUGACUCUUGGAAAGGGAACAUCAAUGAUUCAAGGUUUACCUCCUUUCAAAGUGAUAUAUCCUAGCAAACAAAACGUGUAUGACAGUGUGGAUGGAGCCUUGGGUGGAGAUUGUUUGCCCUAUUCAAUGCACACUCAUUCAAAACAAACAUGGUUUACUUCGUUUCUGUAUCAGUGGAAAAGUGAUGUUCGGUUUCGAACCAAAGCUGUGCCACAUAUCAAGACUUACACUCGAAUGUCUCCGUGUGGUAGUCGGCUAGCUUGGUUUCAUUUGAGCAGUGCCAAUUUAUCUAAAGCUGCUUGGGGUAUGAACAAGAAAACCAAAACCAGCGGGACUGGUGUUUUUAUGAUGUCUUACGAAGCCGGAGUUUUAUUUCUUCCAGAAAUUCUGAUCAACAAACCAGUUUUCUCAGUAGGCAAAAGCGAUGAUAAAACACCACCAUUCCCUCUACCGUAUGAUGCGCCUCUGACUCGCUACAAUCCAUCUGAUAAACCGUGGGUGAUGGAAUAUUUGAAUGAGUAUAUGCGAAGCAAGAAAUAAUUCAAAAACAUAAAAACAAAUAUCUAUAAUUUUAAUCUGCAUUUUGUAUUUUCAUUUAUUAAAUACAAUCAUGAGAAAUGUAAUAUUUUGUGUUUAUUAUUAAUAUUUCUGAAAUAAUUCUAUAUACAAAUGCCCAGCUGUAAUUUUUUUAAACUUCUAUGGCUAUUAUCCCGUUUUAGUAACAAGCGGGUCCUCAUGAAAACAAAAAAUAAUUAAGUACUGAAAUUUUUGAACUUAAUUGAAAUAAAAAUAUAAGAAUUUUUACUUCAAUAAGAGAUAUUACUGAAUUCAUUUUUGGCUUAUAUAAGACUGAAUAAAUUAAUAAUUUCAGCUUUUGGUUAUACAGAUAUUAUUAGUAAAUUCAAUUAUAAGAACUUGCUUUGUGAUUGAAAGAAAAUACAGUAAAACCUCAUUAGCAUGAACUCACUUAGCACAAAAUUCGUCAUCAAAUAAACAAAUUUGGGUUCCACCAAAGAAGUAAGUAAUAACACUAAUUUUUAUAACAAGAACACAGAUAAUUUUAGUCCCUUGGUAUUCUUGUUGACGGUUUACUGUGUAUGUUUUUGUAAAGCAUGCCCAGAAUAAAGUAUUUUUUUAACUUUCAUGGAGCAUGACAAAUGAUGAGAUCAGAUUUAAAUUGUAAACAAUUAGCUGAUUUGGAAGAGUUUAACCAAAAAAAAAUCACUGCUUUUCUUCAUUCCAUGUUGUACAUGAGAACGUCACUACAAUUUUGUAAAUUAAAUUUUUUUCAUACUUUAUUGUAUUUUGUAUAAAAGUGCAAAUAAAUUAUUGUUGAAAA